CCUUGUACAAGGGCAUAACACUCAAACCGUGAACGAAGAGGAGCAACUCAGCCGCACCCAAGGAGCUGGAUAUUGUUUUUAACCGCUAUUGGCUGUCAUGACUUUGAGGACGCGUUGGAUUCAAAGGCUCAUCCUUUUGUGUUGCGUGCAUACUUGCCUGUCGGAAAUAGAAGAGAGAGGCUUCACCGGUAUAGAGACCAAAGAGGGGGUGUCGGUCAGCUCCCAAGCCAAAAAAGUCCUGAGCAGUUAUCUUACAACCAUCUUCCUGCCAAUCAUCUACAUCUUCGUGUUUGUUGUGGGUCUGCCCACCAACGCCAUGGCAAUCUGGGUUUUCCUCUUCAGGACCAAGAAAAAGCACCCAGCAUCGAUUUACAUGGCAAACUUGGCUCUGGCUGACCUGCUCUUUGUCAUCUGGGUCCCCGUAAAAAUAGCCUACCACAUCAACGGCAACAACUGGAUCUACGGAGAGGGGUUGUGCAAAGUGAUGGUGGCAUUUUUCUACGCCAACAUGUACUGCUCCAUCUCCUUCAUCACCUGUAUAAGUGUUCAGCGUUACUGGGCUGUGGUUCACCCGCUCACCCAUCAGAAAGACAACCGUGUAGCUGUUGCCAUCUCCAUCACAGUCUGGGUGGUGGUCUGGCUUCUCACGAUCCCUCUCUACCUGUAUGAUCAACAGGUCCGUGCGACAAACCUCAACAUUGUCACCUGCCAUGACGUCACGAGGCCCAGUCAGAAGAAAAUAGCAGCGGGCUACUUCCUGACAAUGGGAACUUUGGGUUUUAUUGUUCCAACGGUUGUGUGCAUCGUAUCCUAUGUCCUCAUGCUCAAGGCUCUCAGAAACAGCAUGGUGGAUCCAGCCAUUGCCAAGAAGCGGCGAAAGGCUGUGGUCUUGAUCGUCACCGUGUUGGUGAUGUUUUUAGUGUGCUUCACCCCCAGUAAUAUCAUGUUGCUGGUGCACUACAUCCUCCUCCUGGCUCAGGCUCCCAACAACUUGUAUGGAUUUUACAUCACCACCCUGUGCUUGGCGAGUCUCAACAGCUGUAUUGACCCUUUUGUCUACUACUUCAUCUCUGAGGACUUUAGGGAGCAUGUGAAGAACACGUUCCUCUGCAGGAGUGAGCGGACGGUGGAGAGGAUGAGGAUCUCCUUUAGUGCUCUGAAGUUCUCCAAGAAGAGCAACACAUAUACAACUGAAACAGGGAACACUCAGAGCACUGAGUGUGUUGCUUAAAAAGCUAAUUACUGAUCAUUAAACUUCCCUCAGGCAUAAAAUAAUUUUCAAAUCUGCUGUGACUUAUGUGAGGAAAGUUAGGAGGGCCAUCUGUGGCAAAUACCACCUAGAAGCUUUGAGCUGUCUAAGUUACUGCUUUUUUUAUUUUUGUGGAAAAAUGUUUAUGGAUAUAUAUAUAUAUAUA